AAUGGCACGAGGACAGAAGCCAGUCUUCAGUGGCGGGAAGAGUCGCGUUUUUGCUUGUUAUGCUAAGUUUUCUUUUGUUCUUGUGCCCCGUUUAUAGCUAAUGUGCCGCUAAAAUUGUGGUUUGAGUGUUGUUCGUUUUAUAAAAGUUUUACACCGGGUGUUUCUGUCUGAUAGUCGUCAACUGUAAAUCAUCUUUCAAAAUAGUUUUUUUUUUUUUUCUGAGCAGAAGCUAGCUUUAGCCUAUCUCUGCUCUCUGGACCCAGCCCCACAGAAAAUGGCAUCAAAGAAGAAACAAAAGCUGAAGAAGGAACUGAGGGGUUCCGAAAAUGCCAGAGAAGUGGACAAAGUGGCAAAGAAGAGAUCAGCUGCUAGCUUUGAGGAAGAAGAAUUUGGAUGUGCUGAUGAUGUUGGGAACGAAGUUCAAUCCAUGUUGGAAAAGUUUGGGGCUGAAAUCAACAAGGCGAUGCACGCCAAGCAAAAGCACCUGGAGGGCCUGACUAAGAACCACAUGGUGGGAAGUCAGCACAAGCUGGAGCAGCUGUGGAGCAACUACCACGGCCAGAGGAAGAAGACAACCCAGCAGUUCUCUCAGCAGGUGUCUGCUGCGCUUCAGCAAUGGGAGGCUGAAGCACAUCGCUCUGAAGAGCAGGAGGAGAAGCUCAACAAUUUGUUCCGGCAGCAGCAGAAGAUCCUGCAGCAGGCCCGAGUUGUGCAGAACCAGAAGCUGAAAGGCGUCAAAGAGUUGUACGAGCAAUUUGUGAAGAAUAUGGAGGAGAUGGAGAAAAGUCACCACGAGUUCCUGCAAGGGGCACAAGAAGAACUGAAGCAGGAAAUGGCCACGUUGCAGAAGAAACUGCUUAUGGACGCACAACAUAAGGAGAUGGCCACAGUCCGCAAGUCGCUGCAGACCUUGUUCUUCUAGACGGCUGUUACCACGGUGACGGACAAGUUACACAGAAAUGUUGCUCCAGUCUGAGUUGUUCAUAGUACUGUCUCAGGUUCUUUUUUUUUUCUCCUGCGUUGCACAGUAGACCUUUUUAUCACAUCAUCUCGUAAAUAUUCUGAAGGCUGCACUGAGCAUGCUCAGUUUGACCCUGUAAGCUGCAGAAAAGCAGACAUGUUCAGAUGAAAUUGUGUUUCAUUUCACAAUCCCCUAGUUUGUAUGUUUUCUAUUUAACUGUAUAUUACAUAUUAACAUAUUCUAUUUAUAUAACCGAUUGUCCUUACUCUGAAACAUUUCAUUGGUACUUUUUAUGGUUUUAGCUUUUUUUUCUGUAAUUGUGAAAUAUGUUUAGUACAGUUUCUGUGCAUUAAAAGCCAGGAAAACAAGA